AUGUGCUUCCAGUCCGACGCGUCAAGUGUGACGAGGGCCGUCCAUCCUGUAAUAGAUCUCACCAAUCACCACCUAGGCGUAUCUACAGGCCGCACAUGCGACGGCUACGGCCCCGUCGUCACCACCCCCUCCGCAACCCCGUCGCCGCCGCUCCCACUGUCUCCGCGCGCCGCGUACACGGGCCAGGAGUGGCGCUCCUUCCAGUACUUUCACGAGAAGACGCUCAAGCAGCUGUGCACCUUCUUCCCGAACGACUUCUGGACCUCGUACGUGCUCAAGAUUGCCAGCACCGAGACCAGCAUCUGGCACUCCCUCAUCGCCCUUUCCUCGUACCACGAGCUCUUCGCCGAGCCGCACCGGCACGCCGAGGAAGACGACCGCUUCGCCCUCAAUCAGUACAACUCUUCCAUCCAGCAGGUGCUUUGCAUGGAUAGAAGCUCGCAGAGCGCGCACGUCCAGCUCGCCUCGUGCAUCCUGUUCAUCUGCGUCGAGACGCUUCGGGGUCAGAUCGUCCCGGUGGUGAGGCUGGUCACGCUGGGCUAUAGGAUCCUGCAGGCGGAAGAUGCCCUGGACAAGACGUUCCGGCCGCCCGCCGCCGACGCCUCGGAUCGACGGAAGCUCUUCGCGCUGGCCCGCAGCUUCCUCAGCCAAGUCGUCUGCCAAAUAUACGUCCUCAUAAACGACCUCGACCCCGGCAUCAACGCCAUUGCCGCCAACAUCAUCGAGAGCGGCCACGGCCCCGGCCCGCGCGGCUACCGCUUCGCCACCGCCGCCGACGCGCAGGCCGUGCUCAACAGCAUCCGCCUGCACUUCGACCGCUACGACGAGGGCGCCAUCGAGACCGCCCGCGCCGACCUCGCCGCGUGGACGCUCGCCUUCCACGCCCUUCGCCGCCGCGCCACGCCCGCCGAGGGCCGCGCGCUGGCGCUGCUGGAGCUGCGCCGGCUGUACUUUGCCGCCGAGCUGUCCGUCAACAUUGUGCGCGGGCCGGUCGACCCGAUGCUGUGGGACGUCCACCGCGAGACGUUUGUCAAGAUCCUGGCGCUCGCCGAGGUCGCCAUGUCCCGCGACGACGACGACGGCGACGGGCCGCAGUUUCACAUGAACUCGGGGGCGGUGCCGGUGCUGUACGGCCUGGUGCAGAAGAGUCGCGACAGGGACCUGCGCGCGCGCGCGAUACGGUUGCUGGCGGCGCAGGAUAGACAGGAGGGCGUGUGGAGUAGUAGGAUGGCGCUGGGCACGGUGAUGCGCGUCGUGGCGAUCGAGGAGCGCGGGCUUACGGGCCCGAUGACGUGUGCGGAUAUCCCGCGCGAGAAUAGAGUCAAGACGAUCAAGGUGGUCGAGAAGAGUCCGGGCGACUACACGGUGGGAUUCGAGCUGUAUACCGGGUGGCACUGGGAAGAUGCGAGUGCGUUUUUAGCAUAG